AUGCUAGUUCAUCGCAGGGACUUACGGCGGCAAUGGAAAUCAUUUCAAGAAUCUGAGCCAUUUCUACACGUUCUACAAGGUUUCCUUCACGCAAUAGAUUGGCGGGAGCCCUGGAUUGUUAGCAUCCUUGCCUUUCAUGUGCUCACGCUGGUCAUCGCCUUGGUAACUCGCAAACGAGGGGCUGUGCAGCUGUUCGUUUUUGUCCUUGCAGGCGGCGUCAUCUUCAACGCCGAGCGCCUGAACAAGCUUGGGGCGCAGCACUGGGAGAAAUUUGCGGGUCAAAAUUACUUCGAUUCUACGGGGGUCUUUAUGAGCGCUGUGGUAUCGGGCCCGCAGCUAUUGGUGAUGUUCAUCAUCCUGAUUAACUACCUUAUCAACUGCGCGGGUAUGCUGGUGGAGGCGAAAAAACGCGAGCUGAUAUACAAGGCCAAGCAGCGCGCGAAGGAAGCCAAAGCUUCUGGGGCAUCCGCGGGUAACAAAAAGGAGGACUGA